UGAUGCUUACACUACAGGUAGAUGAGCAGGUGUGUGUGUGGACACAGGUACUAGGGCCACUGUUAGUUCAAUAUUCAUCUCAACUAACAGGAUUCACUGAUUUGAGAGGGAGAAGUUGGCCAACUGUGCCGUGACAACGAACAAGGGUUGACUGGAGGAUGGCCAACUUCAAGGGACAUGCCCUUCCUGGCAGCUGCUUUCUGCUGUUAGGCCUGUGUUGGUCAGUGAUGUACCCUCUCCGACACUGCUGGAGGAGGCGUCAGCCUAAGGGAAGACAAAAACUGCCCCUGUUCUUUAACAGAAUAGACUUAAUCGAGGGGGCACUCAUGAUUUUCUUUGCCUUUGUGGGCAUCAUGGCAGAGCAGUUUGUGCCUGAUGGGCCCCAUGCCCACCUGUACAACAGAGAGACCCAGUCCUGGGUGAAGCUGAUGAACUGGCAGCACAGCACUAUGUACCUCUUCUUCAGUAUUGCUGGAGUUGUUAAAGUCCUCACUAUGUCACCGCUUCCAGUCCCACUUGGUCUUGACCGCCUUGCUCUCUCCCUGGCUUUUUUUAUUGAAGGGCUCCUGUUUUACUUCCAUGUGCACAUGCGCCCUCCUCUGGAUACCCACAUCCACUCCAUGCUGUUUGUGCCGGUGUUUGGUGGGGCGGCCAUCACCCUGUUGGAGGUGUUCAUGCGAGAUAACAUCGUACUGGAACUGCUCAGGACCAGCAUGACCAUCCUGCAAGGCUCCUGGUUCUUUCAGAUUGGAUUCGUGCUGUACCCAUUAAACGGAGUACAGUGGGAUCUGCAGGCACACGAUAACACCAUGUUCAUCACCAUGUGCUUCUGCUGGCAUCUGGCUGUGGCCCUGCUGAUCGUUGGCAUCAACUACUGGAUGUGCUGGUGCUGUGUACAAAGAUGUUCAGGAAGAGGAAGUGACAUAGAGAUCAUGAUGAGAAAGACAUCUAGCUCCAAAAAGGCUCUGCUACAGGAGUCAGACGAAGAGUAGACAGACGCAUCAUGAAGUGUGUCCAGUAGUAGAUCACUGUUACGGGAUUCUCCACAAUUGUUUGUCUGAAAUUUGAUUAACUGGUUUUAACUCGUUUCAAAUCAAAAUUGUAUUAGUCACAUGCGCCAAAUACAACAGUAGACCUUACAGUGAAAUGCUUACUUACGAAUCCCAAGAAUGCAGCUUAAAGGGGAAAAAAAAAGAAAAUACAAAUAAGAUGUAAAAAAAGAGAAGCAAUAAAACAAUAGCUAGACUUUAUACAGGGGCGUACCAGUACAGAGUCGGGGGGGGGGGCACCGGUUAGUCGAGGUUUGUAACCCUGCUACUGUGUAUUUUGAGUGUCAUUUUAUCAAUGAAAUAACGACAUGCCUUGUCGAGUUAAGAUUCAAGCCAAAUUCAUUUGAAAUAAAUUGUUUUACUGAGCCCGGACAAAUGUCAUGUAAUUCAAAGUAUAAAAGCUAAUAACUGAUUUUCAAAACUGAGCAGGUUGCUAUGAGACCAAGGAAAAUAGGUGAGAUGUAAAAGUAUUCCUUGGAGGUGAGAGAAUUUCAACAUUUCUUGUGACACAUUAACACCUGUUGUGUAUUCAUUAUGUUGUGCAAUGGAAAACCAAACAGAAUGAAACAGGGAUAGGACCUACCUGAAUUUGUCCAAUAAAUAAGAUUUCUGUUGCAAUACGCA